ACCAGGGAGAUUUUGCAAGUCGGUGCUUGCAGCUUGGGGUAAUGAGAGCGGGUAGUGCGGGGGCGCAGGCGUCUCGCCUUCAGCUCACAGUGCCUGAUCGCUCGUCCUCCAGGGAGAGGCAGUGAAGGCUGCCCUGCCGUGUCCCCCGCUCGGGCUGAGACCUCCCUGUCCUGCUGUGGGACAGCGCGGAGCCCAGCGGUGCCAGGUGAAGGACAGUGAGGAGGAGGAGGAGGAGGUGAGGGAGCUGAGGCGGCCCCCCAGGACCAGGAGGCGAGCCAGGCGAGGGCUAGAAAAUGCCUCCUUGCUCAUGGAAAGCAGAAUCUCGAGGAAGCCUCCAGUGGGAGUGUGAGUGAAGAUUUCACAACCUGGUCCCCAACAGGAAGAGCAAGCUGGCUGCCUGCUGCCUGGGUGUUUCUGAGCUGCCAAAGAUAAGGGAGGUAGAUGAAGUGCUGAACUUCUGACAACACAACGCAGAGUCACCGAAGGAGAGGUAUCAGCAUGGCCUAUAAAAGCCAAGCUGAUGGAAUUGAGAAAAAUGGGUCGCUUUCCUCCAUCUUCUAUUGCAAGAGUGAUUUAAAGGAAGGAUCCCUGCAGUGGGCAAAAGACCCCCGCAACGGGCAGGUGCUCAUGGUGCUCAGUAUGGACAAUAACUGCUCGGCCACCUCCUUCGACAUGGAGCUUUGUGCAGAGAAGCUGAAGUCCCUCGGGGUUCAGGUGGCAGCAGACGAGUGGAGGAGGUUAAUCCAGGAGGCCGUCCUGAAGCCUGAAGUGAGACGGUACAUGUUCUACAACUCCAGGGCGUUCCAGAUCGCCAUCGCUGUGAUCUUCUACAUGUCUCUCUGGACAAACAUUUACUCCACAGUCCAGCUGUGCUCCUUCGGGCGCUACUGGGAGGCCAGUGUGCUGGUGACCCUGGCCGCCGUGGCCAUCACCGUGGUCAUGAUACUGGUCCUCGACUGGCGACAGAGAAAGAUCAAUAUGAAUACAGAUGUGAGGCUGGCAGCUGUCAAUGAAUUCUUUAUCAAACACAGUUUAAUUCUGGGGAUUACAGAUGUCCUGAAUGGGCCACACAGCAUCCUACAACUGUGGUUUGUGCACUUCAGCCCUGAGCGCUGCCUCAGGUCUUUGUCAGCCCACCUCGCCGAGCUGCAGCGGACGCAAGAGUCGGACUUGCGGCACAGCCUGGACCAGCUCUGCGUGGUGAUGGAGGCAGCAGUACAGCCCGAGCCGGCAGCAGAGGAGGCUUCGUGCGAGGAGUCCCCUCUCCUAUCCAAUGGGGUGAACUUCAAGAAGGAGCCCGUGAUGUGCAACCAGCUGCUUCGCCUCAUUCCCGAGGGCCCACCAGAGGUGAUGGCCCAGCAGCUCCUGGUCAUCUUCAGCGGCUGCUACGUCCGGCUCCUGGUCAGCGGCCGGCUCCCCCCGACCACAGCAGCCGGGCACGUGGAGCCCAGCAGCGUGCCCUGCCUGUGCCAGUUCAUCCAGAGCGCCGUGUUCAGCACGCAGCAGUGCUGCCUCCCGGGCAGGUGACCCCUGGGGGCUGCAGGAAGCCGAAACACAGGCUGCCCGUGCACAGCAGCAAGGAGAAGCAGAGGAGAGGGCUGUAAGCCCCAUCCUGGACUUAUCAGGGUGAACAAGUGGAACUCUAAUAAACAUGAAAGGUAACAGGAAGCUGCUGGCCUUUGAAACCUGCUCUGCCCGGAGGAGCUGCUUUGGGUGCCAGGAACAAUCUUGCGGCAGCUCAGAGCACCCUUGGGUGGCCCCUGCUCUGACCCAGGGGUCUGGGAGAGCAGCAGGGAACACCAGGAGAUGGCAGCCCCAUGCCUGUGCACUGCAGUACGUGGGGGUCUUUGGAAGAAGGACAGGGAACAUCUGUGCAUUACAAAUGUGGUGUCUGCUCCGG